AUGCCAAACCAGUUUAAGUCGCUUUUCGGCACCCUCAGGAAGAAACCAACUCGGCCGGCCGACGCACGCCCCACAGAAGCCGCCAACGGUCACGCCAACGGUAACAUUAAGACUAGCAUCGGACAUGACCUUGCAAACUUGGGCCUUCAGAAUGCCAAAACCAUGGUCGAAGCCAUCCCGCAGCUGGGCAGCGGAGACCCAAUUGACGACAAGGAGCUUUUGCUGGAGCACGGCGUCUCCAUGCUGCAGGGUAUGCCAUUGAACAGUAGCCUCAGCGAGAAGAUUUCCGAUGGCUUCAUUACAAUGCUCUGGCAGGACCUGCCUCAUCCGCCGCCAACUGUCGCGGGACCCACCGCCCGAUAUCGUCGCCAUGAUGGAGGUGGAAAUAGUCCCUGGGACCCAGAGUUGGGGAAAGCUGGGUCACCAUACGCACGCAAUGUACCGCCGCUAAAGCCCAAAGGACCCAACUUGCCAAACGUCGAGGAUGUGUAUGAGGCUCUACUCAAACGUGAAGGCCCUUUUCAGAAACACCCAUCCGGCUUGAACCGUCUAUUCUUCUCCUUCGCAACUGUCGUCAUACACGAGUGCUUCCAAACUUCGAGGUCGGAUCCAUGGAUCAAUGAAACGUCAAGCUACGUGGACCUGGGCACCCUGUACGGAAACACCGAGAAAGAGCAAAAGUACGUGCGUACCUACGACAAUGGACUUAUAUAUCCUGAUUCCAUCGCCUCCGAUCGCAUCAUGAUGAUGCCACCCGGCGUUGUCGCUGUGCUCCUGUUAUUCUCCCGCAAUCACAAUCACAUAGCCGAGAAUCUCUUUACGAUCAAUGAAUGCGGAAAGUACAAGCCGUGGGAUAGGCUCGAUGAAGAAGGGAAGAAAUGGCAAGACGAGGACAUUUUCCAAUUGACACGGAACAUCAACGUCGGCUUUUUCGCCUCCGUUGUGCUCCGCGAUUAUGUCGCGUCCAUCUUGAACACUCCGCGCGCAAAUUCCGAGUGGUCUCUGGAUCUGGGUAAAGAAAUAAGAGAGCGUGGUAAACGAGUCGAACGUGGCACAGGCAAUCUUGUGUCCGUUGAGUUUGCUGUUCUCUAUCAUUGGCACGCCGCUCUGAGUGCAGCGGACGACCAAUGGAUGGAAGACAUUAUCAGAGAUGCCUUCCCUGACAUCAACUCAAUCCAGGAGGUCACUGUCGAUAUGUACAAGGAGAUGAUGAAAAAGUACGGGUCAAGGUUCAGACGGCAGGAACCGAGGGAAUGGACGUUUGGAGGUCUCCAACGCGGACCUGAUGGACGAUUUGACGAUCGGCAGCUUGCAGACCUCAUCAAGCACUGCAUCGAGGAACCCGCGCAUGCGUUCGGCGCUCGUGGCACCCCUCAAAGCCUCAAAAUUGUGGAUAUCAUGGGUCAGCUGCAGGCGCGAGACGUCUUCAAUGUGUGCACAUUGAAUGAAUUCCGCCGCUAUUUGAACCUGAAACCGUACGAGACCUUCGAGGACUGGAAUCCCGACACAACGGUUGCUCGAGCAGCUGAGCUCCUGUAUGGUGACAUCGAAAAUAUGGAAUUAUACCCUGGACUCAUGGCAGAAUGUACCAAACCUUUCAUGCCGGGCAGCGGCGUAUGUCCUGGGCAGACGACAGGCCGGGGUAUACUUGACGAUGCUGUCUCCCUAGUUCGAGGUGACCGUUUCCUGAGUUACGAUUUUAACAGCACUACGUUAACUCAUUGGGGUGCCGCAAAGCUUCAAGAGCCCGCGGCAGGUUCGUAUGGUGGGGUGCUUCCUAAGCUGAUACUCAAUGGUCUGCCAGGAGCAUUCUCGGGCACGUCGUCAUAUGCGCUCCUACCAUUCUAUACGCCAGACGCUGCUCGGGAAAUUCUCAAAGGAAACGAUGUUCUUCACCUGUACGAACUGAGUCGGCCUCCGAGCGAUCGUGUGAUCUUCAGCCUGCAGACGAAUGAAGGCUGCAAGAAGGCCUUCGAGGAUCGUGCUACCUUCCGCACAAUGUAUCAGACAGCCAUUCGCAAUAUCACCGGCGGAAAUGAAUUCAUGAUCGGGUGGGAUGACCCCAAACGCCACGAUUCGCGGUCAAAGAGCUUACACAAGUUGAUCUUCGAGGAAGAUUUCGAAAAGCAUGUGACUGAUUUCUUCGUUUCAAACGUGCAGAAGCUGAUCCAAGAAAACUCGCUCGUGGCGGUCAAGGGUCGCAAAUCCAUCGACAUUGUUCGAGAUGUGACAAAUAUCGCACCUAUUCUCUGGCUUGCGGAACGCUUCGCUCUUCCAUUGAAGACCGCAGAGCAGCCACGAGGGGUUUUGUCCAUCUACGAUACAUUCACCAUCUAUCUCACUCUCUUCAUCUACCAAAGCUUCAACAUCAUUCCCGCAGAAGAGUGGAAACUGCGAGAAGCCGCCGUAAAAGCCGCCGAGCCCUUGCGGAAGAUCUUUGAAACCCACCUCAAGACGCAGUCAGGGGCCGUAGAACAUUUUGUCGACUGGCUUGCUAACGGUAGCGCCCUCGAUGUCGGUCCGGAUGCGGAUCGUCUCUAUCACGGUCUGAGAGACACUAAACUACCGAUUGAAGAACUUGUCACCGACUGUAUCGGUAUCAGUACCCCUAUUGUCGGCAAUCUCACACAACAAGCAUCGCUUCUCAUUGAUCUGUAUCUCCGCCCCGAGUACGAGGAAUACAAGAAACGCAUCACCCAGUUGGCAUACAUGAACGACGCAGCUUCCGAGAAGGAGCUUCAGGGUUUUGUCUUCGAAGGCAUGCGACACGCAAACUCCGUACCCGGUCUUCCACGUGUGACUACUCGCGACGUUACGAUCGUUGACGGCGCUCGUGGACCCAUCUCGAUCCCAGCCGGUCGUACAGUCCUGAUCGCAACUUCAAUGGCUGCCAUGGAUCCGAUUGCAUUCCCGGAUCCAGAGAAGAUCAACCCGCAUCGGCCUCUCAAAAACUACACGCUCUUCGGCCAUGGUCUGCACUAUUGCUUUGGGCAACAACUUGUGGGCGCAUCGCUCGCUGCGACGCUAAGAGAAGUGUUUAAGUUGAAGAACGUGCGGCGCGCACCUGGCAAGCAGGGCGUUUUCACUACCGUUGAGCACAAAAUCGCUGGACUCAAGAUCAAAAAGUAUCUGGACGCUAGCUCGAGGGAAGCGGCGGUCCCGACGAGCCUGACGCUACACUACGAUGAGUAG